GCCCAGGGAGCUUUGCAGUGCCCAUCCCUGCAGGUGUCCCCUGGGGGUGGCACUGAGUGCUCUGGGCUGGGGACAAGGUGGGGAGGUCUCUUCCAGCCUCAGGGAUUCUGUGAUUGCCAGAGCAGGGUCUCCCACAGCCUAAAGUGCUCACACAUGGAAUUUAGAAGGAUUGGCUCCUCAGGCAAGUGAUUCAUCACAGAGACAGCAGUGAUGUGAGUGAAGAAAAGAGCAAAUCAGCCCCCAGAGCUGCUCCAGGAGGAAGACUCUGCUGAGGGCACAGCUUUCCACGGGCUCUGGUGAAGCUCUCAGCACCGGUGGAUGUGCUCAGGUGUUCCAAGGAGAUGCAUUGCUCCCCCUCAGCACCUGCACUUCGGGUUUGUGGUGGGAGUUGUUAUUUUCAUUCUGAGGCAGCAGCCUGUGUGUCAUUUGCUGCCUUUUGCAUUUAUUCCACGACUUGUUCCACUGGGUCAGCCCUGGGUCAGCCCCUCCUGGGCUCUCUGCCUCGUGCAAAGGGCAGAUCCCAGCGAGGGGACGAAGGACGGCUUGUGGGGAAGGGCCAGGCUGAGCACACACCUGCUCUGGGAAGGAAACACUGGAUUUCUCCCAGGCUGUCACCCAAACAUUGUCCCCUGUGCUGCCAAACACUGGCACGAGCCGCAGCUCCCUGAAGAGAGGGGGAAGUUCCUCCUCAGGGCCAGCACCUGUGCCAGCAGCUUGCCCUUAAAGCUGCCCCAGGAAGCUGCUGAGCUGCUUGUGAGUGCUGGAGAGAGGGUACAGGCUUUCCGGGCUGGAAAGGUUGACACUGAUUUGGGGGCAUAAAUGUAAUUAUUAUGGAAGUUAGCAACUUCCUAGAUCUAAGGUUUCUGUGUCUGUCUCCUCAGGCCUGUAGCUGCUUUUUCUGGGGUAUUUUGUGCUAUUUUAAUGCUGUAAAUGCUCUGUCUUGCUUCUGUGGUUUGCAAAAUUCUUUUUACAAUGUGUCUGGUUCAGGCCUUUGUGCUGUGUCAACAAGGAAUAGGAAGGAAUUUUCUUGGUUAAGGCUUGAUGUUGGCUGAUUGGUUUGGGGUUGGUUUUUGGUUUUUUUUAGGAAAUGACUAUAAAAUUUGUCGCAGCCCCUAGGCAGGCAGAGGAGGCCAAGGCACGAUGUGUGAAAUGUCUUUAAUUGCUGAAAUGAGACCAGGCUGGAGCACCCUGGGAUGGUGGGAGGUGACCCUGCCCAUGGCAGGGGUGGAAUGAGAUGGGCUUUAAGAUUCCUUCCAGCCUUCUGUGAUUCUUUGAUGAUUCAGCUCUCCACUGGAGACCUCAGGAGCGGGUUUCCAAGUCUCAGAUGCAGAUAAAUAAAAUGUUUUCCUGUCUUAGCAUAGUCCUGAAGUCACCAUGGGCCUCCUGCAGCUCCUGGCCCUCACCAGGUGCUGUGUCUGGUGCAUUCCCUGCCCCUCUGAACGCUCAGGAGAGACAUCCCCGGACUCCCCCUGCACGAGCCGGUUCCCGGGAUGGCAGUGGCGCUGGCGGUGGCUCUGGCGGUGGCUCUGGUGCCGCUGGCUGCCGAGGCGGGGAAGGACCCGCUGCUGAACAUCUGCAUGGAUGCCAAACACCACAAGAGCCAGCCGGGCCCCGAGGGCAAGCUCUACGAGCAGUGCUCCCCCUGGAAGGACAACGCCUGCUGCACGGCCAACACCAGCCUGGAGGCCCACAAGGACCAGUCCUACCUCUACAACUUCAACUGGAACCACUGCGGGGUGAUGCCACCCAAGUGCAAGCGCCACUUCAUCCAGGACACGUGCCUGUACGAGUGCUCACCCAACCUGGGGCCCUGGAUCGAGCAGGCCGACAGCAGCUGGCGUCGGGAGAGGAUCCUGCACGUGCCCCUGUGCAGGGAGGACUGCGAGCAGUGGUGGCAGGACUGCAAGGACGCCCUCACCUGCAAGGAGAACUGGCACCAGGGCUGGAACUGGGCCACAGGCCCUUCAGGCAGGUGUUCCCCCGGGCCCGGGACCUGUGCGAGAAGAUCUGGUCCGGCUCCUUCAGCUACAGCCCCGAGCCGCGGGGCAGCGGCCGCUGCAUCCAGAUGUGGUUCGACCCUGCCCAGGGCAACCCCAACGUGGCCGUGGCCGAGUACUACGCGUGGAGGAGGAGAUCCUCGCCGGCCCACACCGCGGCUCCGCAGAGCGACCGCGCCGCGCGCGCCCUGCCCCGCGCCCUGCUGCUGCUGCUGCUGGCCCUGGCCCUGCUGCUGCCCCCCGAGGGGCUGCGGCCCGGGGGGUCCCUCUGACCCCUCUGGAGGAACCGGCACAAGCAGCUCAGCCUGCCUGUCCUGGUGCUCAGCACCAGCUGUGUUGUUGGACCGUGGUAGCAGCUCCUGGCUGCUGACCAGAACAGGGAUUUCCUUGGCUCUGCCCUGGGGGACAAGCCGUGAGUCUCUGCUCGGGUGUGGGAGCUGCUGCACAUCUGUUCCCUCCUCUGGCCGUGGGCUGGCUGGCUGAGCUCUGGUGCCAGGCGCUUUGGGCUGCUGUGACUCCCUGAGCGGUGGCUGGGAUAAUAAAGUCUGGCUCUGGAUCAGCCUUGUUGUCCUGAUGUGGGAUGAUCCUGAGGAGGGGCAGUGUCCUGGGGUGCUGGUGGGUGUGGGGCCUGGAAAUGGAGGAGUUGGCCUGGGGGGAGGAAGGAUCAUAAAAUUAUAAAUGGUUUGGAUUGGAAGAGAUGUCAAAUCUCAUUUCUUUCCACUCUCGUGCCAUGGCAGGGACACCUUCCCCUGUGCCAGGCUGCUCCAGCCCCA